AUGAAAACAGAUCUUCCGAAAGAAUCACAAGACAUCAUAGUGCAAGACGUGCCUGAAGAUAUUGAUCCUUUUCCCAAUGAUGCAGGCUUAAACAACACAACUCAAAUAACAGGAACAGACCUACACUUACGAGCUCCAAUUGAAACUGCAAACAUUAAAGAAAAUUGUGCCCAAGAUCAGAUAGAUCACGAGAUAGGAAAGCUGCAGACAAAUUCGACUCAGAUAUCUGAGGAUAGGUUGGAUUGCAGCACAAUGUCUCAAGUAAAUGUCAAAGACUUUGCUUAUGCUUUGUCUGAUCCAAAACACUUUGGAAUAUACCCAAGUGAUGAUGAAGACGAAGACGUAGACGAAGCCCCUGAUGGCGAUGACUACAGCCACGAUGGCAUUAAUGAAAAAGAUUUGAACUAUAAUGAAAAUAGUGAUUAUCACACACAGGAUGGGAUAAAUCACCUUCAAAACUCGAUAGUUCCUCACAAAUUUGCAAACUCCUAUUCAAAAAUACCGGACUCAAGUAUCGAUACAGAUCUACAGACAAAUGAAGUACGAAAUACCUAUGGAAAACCGACCAUAGAAAACGGCACGAAAGUAGGAAGGCAGGAAUCCGCCUAUCCGACCGAAGAUGAAAACAACGACAUACUUCAUGCUGUUGCGUUGUACGAGUUUACACCCGAGAACUCUAACGAGCUACCAUUAUCUCCAGAUCAACUUUUGAUUAUAAACUACGAGUGUGGCGAUGGAUGGCUUGUAGCCCACGAUCCCUUUACCGGACAAACAGGAUUGGUACCAAGUGAAUACAUCCGUAUACUAGAAAUAGAAACGACUGAAGAAGACUGCGAUGCUGAAGUAUAUAGCGAAUUUGCAGAAGAUGCAAAAGACGCACAACAAUUCAUGCCAGAAAUUCUUGCAGAUGACGGCUCCUAUCCACCAGAACAAGGGAUAACAGAAAAUAUAAACAAACUUUCCAUAUAG